GAGAAUUGGUAUUUAAAAACUACGAACUAAGUAACUAACAUAUCUUACUACCUUAGUUCGUGUUGUAAACUAUGUACCAUUAAUUUAAUAGUAUAAUACUACUACAUUUGUAUUCAAUUUUUUUGAAGUUGGACUAAGUAUUAAUUGAUUACAAAUUUUAAUAAUUUAUAUAAUUCUCAUAUUGAAGUAUUCAAUGAAUUAAAAUGAGUGGUAGUUCAUUUGAUUAUAAUUCACUUUCGUUUGGACGAAUAGCAUCAAUACCAGACAAAUCAGACGUUUUAGAAUGUCGUGUUUGUGAAGAUGUAUUCACUCUUCAAGGAGACAAGGUUCCACGUCUACUCUAUUGUGGACACACAAUUUGUCAUUCAUGUUUGUUACGUUUAUACCAACGAUGUUCUUCAGUUCAGUGUCCAUUUGACAGACAAACAACUCCUAUAGGAUCCUCAGGAGUUUGGGGAUUAAAAAAGAAUUUUGCAUUAUUAGAAUUGCUUGAACGUUUACAAAAAACCAACAAAGCAGAAAUGAAUAUUAACUCAUACUUAAAUGCUGAAGCAAUGGAAAAAGAAGAACAAUUGCAUAUAAUUUGUGAUGAAAACGAAAAUCAUAUUGCUGUUCUUUAUUGCACUAUAUGCUGUACAAAUUUAUGUUUUUAUUGUUCUGAACAAACUCAUAGUACACGGACAUUAGCUAAACACCGCCGUGUUCCGUUAUCAGAAAAACCACAAGAAAGACCUCGAUGCCCAUUACAUCCAUCUCAUGUGGCCGAGUUUACUUGCUUGCAAGAUAAUUGCCAUCAACCAUCACCUCCCUUAAUGUGUUUUGUGUGUAAAGAUUAUGGGACACAUAAAAAUCAUAAGCAUACGCUAGUAGAAACUGAAGCAGAAAAUAUACGAUCAAAAGUGAAAAGCGCUGGACCUUUGAUGCGUAAUUUAAUGGAAGAAAUGAAUGACACUAUUCAAAGAUUAGAUCAAGUAAUGUUACGUUUAGAAGGUUUAGAUUCAAAUGGUUCAGUUGACGAAGAAAGUAAUCCUGGUACAUGUUCUUUGGCUCGUGCUAGAGUUCAAUUGUAUUUCCAACAUCUACGCGAAACAUUACAAGUACAAGAAGCUGCUGCCUUAAGUGCAGUUGAUACACAUGUAAGAGAAAGAUUAGGCUCACUGAGAAGCUUGCAAGAAGAUUUAGCAUCAUCGUUAUCGCAAGUGGCUGUCAUAUGUGUGCAAUGUGAACAAGCUGUUAGGCAGGAUGAUUUCCGUGUCAUAUCUGCCAGUGCAGAUAUUAAUCAAGCUCUAAAUGUUAUUGAAAAACAUAAACAGAUGUUUACUGAACUUGGUCCUGAACAAUUACAACCUGAUCCCAGUAUACCUAUAACUUUUACAAAAGAUAAUAGAGUGCACAUUGGACCAAAAAUGGAAAUUCGUGUAGUCACUUUAGGAUUAGAUGGAGCAGGAAAAACUAGUGUACUUUUCAAAUUGAAACAAAAUGAAUUUAUGACUAUGAUUCCCACCCUUGGAUUUAAUGUAGAAACUGUUGAUUAUAAAAACAUGAAGUUUACAAUAUGGGAUGUCGGUGGACAACCUAAAUUGAGACCAUUGUGGAAACAUUACUAUCUAAAUACACAGGCAGUUGUUUUUGUGAUUGACUCCAGUGACCCACAAAGAUUGUUAGAAUCAUCUAACGAGUUAUCUAAGCUGAUGACAGAAAAAGAAUUGAAAGAUGCUGCAUUAUUAAUUUUAGCCAACAAACAAGAUAUUCAUGGAUGUGUUACAAUUGAAACUAUUACUGAAUUAUUUGGCUUGUAUAAAUUGUGCUGUGGGCGUAGUUGGCAUAUACAAGCUUGUGACGCACAAAGUGGUGCUGGUCUUCAUGAUGGUCUUGAUUGGCUUGCUAGACAACUGGUUGCUUCUGGUGUCCAUGAUCUCAACUAAUAUUAUAUUUAAAAAAUUUUAAAUAUAUUUCUAAAACAUAUGAUUUACUUUAAAUUACAUGCAUCAACUAUUUAUUCACCUUAGUUUAGUUUUUAAUACAAAUAUUUAUAUUAUAUCUGAAAAUAUGUUUUACUUUUUGUUGAGAUUGACUAUAUAUUUCAACUUUUAUUGUUAUUGUUAUUUUGUUUUUCCAUUUCUUUGAGAAUAUCGUGCUGAAAAUUGUUUAAAAAUAUUCUUUUGAAUACUAUUGCCAUGUAAGAUAAAUGCUAUUUAAUACUAAAAAACUACUUACUGUAUACUUAAUAUAAGAGAGAAAAGUAUCAUACAUAAUAGACACCAUGUUUGUAAAUAGAAGUCUGUAUUUUGGGUCUAAAAACUUGAAGUUAAUGUAUUGUGUUGGAACAAAAACAGCACAGUCAACCUAAAAAUAUCCAAUAAUAAUACAAUUAAUUUAUUCUUGUAUAAUUUAUUAAUUAUAAAUAAAAAUUAUAUUUUAAGUAAAUAACAAUUAAAAAUGUAUUAGUAAUUAUUUUAAGAAUCAAUUUUAAAAGUUUUAAUUACUAAUAGUUGGUAAAUUAAUGUUUAAAUUAUUUGUUGUGUAAAAAAAAAUUUGUUGGCACUUAUUUUUACUAUGAAACUACAAUGUUAAUAACUAUUUUAGUACCAUAUUUGAAUGUUAGCCAAAUAGGUAGUGUAACUUAAAUUAACUUAAAAAAACAUGUGCAUUUCUAAAUAAAAACAUUUAACGUAA